AAGGGUUGGGCCCUGGUCAGGGAGGAAGAAGACUAUGGUUUUGGGUUGAGACUCGGGCUCCACAAAGGGAGAAAAAGGAGAAAGGAAAGGAAGAGAAACAGGUGGACAGGUGGGGGGUUAUGCAAAAUGCAAACUCAGCAGCUGAAAGUGAAAAAGUGUGGUCGGACAUGUACCACGGCCCCUUCUCCACCAAAUCACUCGCUGAGCUCUUAACCUAAACGCUUCUCUCGCGUUCCUUCUCUCUCUCCCUCCCUCUCUCUCGCUAUCUCUCUCUCUGCGAAGACAUGGCAGCGACACAACAAGGCCCUGAUCGCCUGAUCCCAACAGGUUUUGAUAAUGUCACUGGUAAAUGGAAUGAAUAUUCUUCAUAUGUUAAUGCUGAAGGCUUGGAAAUUAGAUCUUCUGGCAUGUACAAUGAAAAUCCAUCUGUUGUAUUUGAUGGUAAUGGGUAUAAUCCUCAAAUGCCAUAUGGACCAUAUCCAGAGACAACACAGCUGGCUUCUGCAAGGGGAGAUGGGAAGUUACAUGCUGCACAGCAGUUCUCAAUCUCUGAUCCACUUUCCUACCAGCAACCCAUUGCUCCGAACAUUCCAUAUGUUACUUCAUCAACUCCUGUUUCACAAACAGAGCUACCUUCGGAAAUUGGUAAGCAAGGGGAUUGCAAAUCUUUUGGCUUGAAUCUGGGUUACCCACCUUCAUUGGGAUCAUUUGGUAGCAGAAGCAACUUUUCUGAAAAUUCUGAUGGGCUAAGUUUCAUGUCGGAUGGGUCUGAUGUGUUUGGAUUUGGUAGUCUCUGGUCAGAUUGCUCAAUCCCCUUGAAGGAGCGGUCUAAGUUGUCAUCACCAGCAGCAUCUCAGCAGCCAGUUGGUUCACUGAGUAUGUCCAGGACUGAUUUUGGAAUGGCUUCUCAACAACAUGGAUCGCUUUCCAGAUUUGGAUCUCAGUCAAGCUUGAACUGCAGGGGCUACAGUAGCAGUGGAAUAAACCAAAGCUCUAGUUUCAGAAAUACUUCCAUAUCCACUACUUCUGCCAUGAAUGGUUGGAACUGGCUUCCAUAUGAUAAAGCAAAAAGUGGAGGAAACAGUGACACUUCAUUUGGAUGUACUGGUACAAUUGAUACUUUAAUUGAGCAAAAUCGAGGGCCUAGGGCGUCAAAGCCAAAAAACCGAACACCUGCUAAUGAGUCUUUUGUUAAUAAUAGCAAGAAUGGAACAUGUACUGGAGUCCACCGCGAGUCUUACAACCAUCUGGAUUUUGUCACUGAGUACAAAGAUGCAAAAUUCUUCGUGAUCAAAUCUUAUAGUGAAGACAAUGUCCACAAGAGCAUUAAGUAUGGCGUGUGGGUUAGCACCCCAAAUGGCAACAAAAGAUUAGAUUCUGCCUUUCAUGAAGCCAAGGAGAAACAUGGAAACUGUCCAAUCUUUCUUUUGUUUUCGGUGAAUGCUAGUGCCCAGUUCUGUGGGGUGGCCGAGAUGGUGGGGCCUGUAGAUUAUGAUAAAAGUGUAGAUUAUUGGAAGCAGGAUAAGUGGACAGGCCAAUUCCCUGUUAAGUGGCAUAUUAUUAAAGAUGUACCCAACAGUCAAUUUCGUCACAUUAUACUUGAAAAUAAUGACAACAAACCAGUUACCAACAGCAGAGACACUCAAGAGGUGGAAUUGGAGCAGGGUAAUGAAAUGUUGAACAUAUUCAGGAAUUACGAAAGUGAUUCAUCCAUCCUAGAUGAUUUCGACUUCUAUGAAGACAGGCAGAAAGCCAUGCAGGAAAAGAAGACCCAACAUAAAGCAAGCCUGUUGGCUGCUCCAAUGGUUGUAGGCAGUCAGCAACAAAUUCGCCGGUCUCUCCCAACUCACCUCAUACAUAAAAUGUCAAAGACCUUUGCUCAAGCUGUGUUGUUGAAUGAGAAUGACAAGGAGCGGUCACCAGCAGGAAAGGCGUUGCCUGGUGCAGCUCGCUUGAGGGGAAGCAGAGUAGAACCCGAAAAAACAAGGGCAACAAUGGCAUGAACCAAUCAGAAUAGUUAAUAUGGUUUAUCUUACAGGCAAUCUUGGACUGGUAUCCCUAUAACAUACUCCAUUUCUUCUUUCAUACUUCAUUUUAUGUCUCAGAUUGUUUAAAUCAAAAGGUUUUGGAUUAUUUUGGAGGACUGAGGAAGUUGGGAUAUAUAAUUUCUUCUUCUUAGCCCUGUGCUCCUUGUAAUUUUGGAUUUUCUUUUUCCAUGCCUUGUACUCUGGGCCAUGUACAAAGUUCUCCAGCCUGGGAGGUAGAGGUUAGAAAAAAAAAAUGCAACAAUGCCAGCUUCAAGCAAUCAAGAAUGAUGGAAACAGUACAGAUCUUAGCAAUUUAAAAUUUUAAAUGGUUCAUUACCAUUUUUUUACGUUGCAUUCUUUCCACAAGGCCAACCCCAUCUUAGACCUGGCUUGGAAUCUUUGAAUGCAAUUUAGAGUUUGUUUAGAAUCAUUGUGAGAUGGUUAGACAUGCUUGUUAGUUUUUGAAGUGAUUCCUUUAGAGC